UAUAAUGCUGCCAUUUCUUCAUUUACAGGUAGGCGGAAACCAAGAGCACACCGGCCCCGUUCUCCAAUAUUGGAAGAAAAAGAUAUCCCGCCCCUUGAAUUUCCCAAGUCCUCUGAGGAUUUAAUGGUGCCUAAUGAGCAUAUAAUGAAUGUUAUUGCCAUUUACGAGGUACUGCGGAACUUUGGCACUGUGCUAAGGUUGUCUCCUUUUCGCUUUGAGGACUUCUGUGCAGCCCUGGUGAGCCAAGAGCAGUGCACGCUCAUGGCUGAGAUGCACGUCGUGCUUCUGAAAGCAGUUCUGCGCGAAGAAGACACUUCCAACACCACCUUUGGGCCUGCUGACCUGAAAGACAGUGUGAAUUCCACGCUGUAUUUCAUAGACGGGAUGACGUGGCCUGAGGUGCUGCGGGUGUACUGUGAGAGCGAUAAGGAGUACCAUCACGUGCUUCCCUACCAGGAGGCGGAGGACUACCCCUACGGACCAGUCGAGAACAAGAUCAAAGUCCUGCAGUUCUUAGUUGACCAGUUUCUUACGACAAAUAUCUCGGGAGAACUGAUGUCUGAAGGAGUGAUCCAGUAUGAUGACCAUUGUAGGGUUUGCCACAAACUUGGGGAUUUGCUCUGCUGCGAGACGUGCUCUGCAGUAUACCAUUUGGAAUGCGUGAAGCCGCCUCUUGAGGAGGUGCCAGAGGACGAGUGGCAGUGUGAAGUCUGUGUAGCACACAAGGUGCCUGGUGUGACUGACUGUGUUGCUGAAAUCCAAAAAAACAAACCGUACAUUCGACAUGAGCCCAUUGGAUAUGACCGCAGUCGGAGGAAAUACUGGUUCUUAAACCGAAGACUCAUAAUAGAAGAAGACACAGAAAAUGAAAAUGAAAAGAAAAUUUGGUACUACAGUACAAAGGUUCAGCUCGCAGAGUUAAUCGACUCUCUAGACAAAGAUUAUUGGGAAGCAGAACUCUGCAAAAUUCUAGAAGAAAUGCGUGAGGAAAUCCAUCGGCACAUGGACAUAACUGAAGAUCUGACCAAUAAGGCUCGGGGCAGUAACAAAUCCUUUCUGGCGGCAGCUAAUGAAGAAAUUUUGGAAUCCAUAAGAGCCAAAAGAGAAGCUGAUGAUGUUAAAAGCCCAGAAGAAAUUGAAAAAGACAAGAAUGAGACUGAGAAUAGUAAUUGUAAAGAUGCUGAGAGAAGCAGAGAAGAGGCUGACGACCAGUCCCUUGACAGAGACAAUGACAGCAAGAUGCCGGACGCUCCUGAGCAAGGAAAACCUGAGGAGCCAACAGAAGUUGGGGAUAAAGGUAACUCUGUGUCAGCAAAUCUUGGCGACAACACAACAAAUGCUUCUUCAGAAGAGACUAGUCCCUGUGAAGGGAGGAGCCCCCUGGGCUGUCUCCCAGAAACCCAUGAUAGCAGCAACAUGGCAGAGAAGAAGGUGACCUCUGAGCUCCCCCACGAUGUGCCAGAAGAACCUAACAAGACAUGUGACAGCAGUAACACUAGUGCUACCACUACCUCCAUCCAGCCUAAUCGGAAAACAGUAACAGCAGCAGUGAACUAAAUUCUUC